AUGGAAACAGUUUCUCAACAUAUAACACAACUGAAUCACAAAAAUCAAGAACUCUUCGGCUUAGAAAAUAGAAUAAACCAAUUGAAAUAGUAAUUGAAUUUGCAACAAGCCAAUAACAAUAUCUUGAAGACUAAAGUGGAUAAGAUAGUCCACUCAAAAAAACAAAAGUUUUAUGACGAAAUGAAGUUGAAAUAAAUACUUCAAAGCAAUGCUUAAAAUAAUGACGAAUUAUAAUAUACGGUUCAAAGAAACAAAGCCUUAUUGAAUGAAGAACAAAGGCAAUCCAAGUAGGAUAUGUUCGAUGAAAAGUAUCUUCAAACUUACAAGAUGAAAUAGAAAUUAGAUUUGGAAAUGCUAAUAAAUUAGAAGAAAAGGGAUCAAUAACUAUAUGAGAAGCAAUAACAAUAUGCAAAAAUCUCAGAAUGGGAAUUCAAUUUAAAACUCAACUUAAAAUAACGAGAAAUAGACAAAAUAGAUAAAAUCAGAUUAGAAGAAAAAGAAUUCAAAGAACAACUAGCUUAAAGAAUGCAAUAACAACAAAAGAUUUGCGAUUAAUUGUCAAAUGAAGAAUAACUUCUAAUGAAUAAAUUAAAAAGCUCUUAAUAGUUUUAGCACUCCUUAAAACAUGAUCUAAAAACUGCUCUGAAUCUGAGUAUCAAGGAUUAUACAAAUAAUACCUCCGUGUCAAUUCCUACCUAUUUCAAAUCAUAUAGUUCAUCUAAAAUACCAUUAAAUAGUCCAUAUGCCUAGUUGCCGACGAUGCUCAAGAUGAAAAGGAGUGUAUAAAUUAAUAAAAGUAAUAAUAACACCAACGAAUCUCUUAUGAAAGAGUACAAAUUUUCUCUCCCUUCACUUUAUAAGCCAUCCAUUAUUGAGCAAUAACAAUAAGUCGAAAGGCUAUUUUAAUCCAAAAGUGUAAAGAAUAGCAAAUCCGAUUUGUAUUAGAUAUUACAUUAUGGUGACUCUUAAGGCAUCAUGGAAAAGAAAUCGAAAUUUCGAACUAAUUAGAGUGAAGUAAUUUAAAAUUAAGUAAUAAAGUAAUAUAAAUAGAUAACAAAAGAGUAGGAAUAAAAUAAAGAAUAAUCAAAUCAAGAAAAAUAAGAAAUAGAUGCAACAAAUCAAAAUAAAUAGGAGGAAUAAGAGGAAUAUUAAGAAUGA